UGAUUUCGCAGAUCAAAAGCCGUGAAAACUCGUUUUCUGUUUUUAAAAAACAACGAGACAACGACGUUUUCUCGUUGUCCCAGCCUUUUAUCUUGUGGGGAAAUCAAACGGUUUUAACGUGUACUUUAAAACGUGCACGGACCGGAAAGGAACCAGUUAGUAAAUAAAGUUGUGAAAUAAUUGUAUUGGAUGAAAAAGUGAAAUUAAUGGAAAUGAAUUAAAGUAAACAAUGAAGAAUGGAAGAUCUGAAUUAGACUUGAGCGAAUCUUCAUCUCCUUGGUUUCUAGCUGGAGCCGUUUUCAGCAGCAUGAUGUUGGAGGAUGUACACAUGGACUAUCAGGAGGAUGAGGAGGGACCGAUCAUCACCCCCAUCGUCACCUUACGAACAAACAGAUCAGACAUCGGUGUGCAGCCGAGAGAACGAGACGGAUGGGAAAGUCAGGUUGUGUAUAAUGCAAGUGGAGGUGAACAUGCAGCUAAAGCCGAGGAGCCAGAACCUCUGUACCUCACACUAGGGUGUGCACCAAUAUACAGCGAUGGAGGCCCAGCUGGGGAAACAGAUGUGUCAAGGAGUCCUAACCAGAUUGUGAUUCCCCAGUACCAGCAGACAGCGCAUCCCAUGUCUGAAUCCAGCAAUCAGAAAGCCAGCAUUUACUCUAAACUGUCCUUAGAAGGCAGAGCUGCUGAAACAGUUUAUGAGUCAAAAUCCAAUAAAUUCUGUCACUGCAGCCGAUCCCAGUGCCUCAAACUCUACUGCGAGUGUUUCGCCAGCGGAGUGAUGUGCAGCAACUGCCACUGCUCCAACUGCCACAACAACCUGGAGCAUGAAGUGAACCGUCAGAGGGCAAUUAAGUCUCGUCUAGCUCGUGAUCCAGACGCCUUCAGACCCAAGUCAGGAGAAGCUAGCGGCUGGCACAAAGGCUGUACAUGUAAACGCUCCAGCUGCCUUAAGAAUUAUUGCGAGUGCUACGAGGCCAACACCAUGUGUAGUUCCAGGUGUAAAUGCGUCGGUUGUCGAUGGAAACCUUGUCAGCCGAUGGACAAGGGAGCAACAAUUAUCAAGGACACGUGGGCGGUGUCGGCCAUAGCCCCCGCUGUGGUGGAGGACGUGUGCAGCCGUCUGCUGGUCCAGGCCCAGAAGGCUGAGAGAGAGGCCCAGCGCAUGGUGCUCAACGAGUUCGGACACUGUCUGACUGAAAUUAUUAAGACCAUGUUCAAGUAGAGCACACGUUUAAGUCUGAGACUGAUGCUCACAUUCGAAAUCUCUAGCAAAAAUUUAUGUUUUUAUUCUAGUUUUGAUAUUCUAGGCUUAUUGCAAGACGUUUAAGUGGAGUUAAUUGCUGGUGUUAUUUUUAGAACAGCACAUAUUUAAAGUUGACUUAUUACUAUAAAUCGACCCAUUUGCAAGCCAAUGUAAAACAGUGUCUUUUGUGUAUUUUAGUCAUCUGCAUUUGACUUGUUACAAAUGUUGUAUCAUUUUAUUUAUUUAUUUACUUGAGACUUGCUUUUAAAUUAUAUUUGAUGCUAUCACUAUGUUUACAGGAUGUAUACUGUAUACAUGUCCUGAUAUCUAUCAAUUUAUAUACAUUUAAUUUAAUAUAGUACAUAUGGUGAUGUGUUGUUCAACCUAAUACAUGCUGUCCCAAAAAUUGCUUACAGUUUUGCAA